CAAGCAUCGAAGCUUCGGUGUCAAACGUAACAUCACUAAUUACAUGCCCCCUCGUCCGACCCGGAAGUUUUUCUAAUGGUGUGUGUAGUGAGGCGGCAGCGUGUUUCAGCAAAUUAACUGAUUUGCUUCACUUCUGCUUUACAAAUCAAGACCAUGGGUAAGUCCAAACAGAUAGGAAACCACAAUAAUGGCAAGAAGAAGAAUAUUGCAAAGACGUGGAAGACUAAACGCAGGACGAAGGACCUUGACCAGAUACAUGUUGACAUGAUUCCGGUGAAUGCUGACAAGUUACUAAAACAAGAGGUGGAUUAUGAUGUCACAGGCUGUGCCCAAAAUUACUGCCUCCACUGCGCGAGAUACUUUGUUGAUUUAAAGACCCUGAAGCAGCAUUUCAAGUCAAAACUCCAUAAAAAACGUUUGAAGCAACUGAGAGAAGAGCCAUAUACACAGGCAGAAGCAGAACGGGCAGCAGGAAUGGGUUCCUACGUUCCACCCAAAGCCAUAGAGGUUCACACACAGCAGGUCGAAGAGGAUAUGGACUGAAAGUAUUUUGCUAUGUCUCACUUUGGACUUUCAAUAUCAUUUGGUCUGGAUUCAUACCAACAGUUUAUUCUUUUUAAAUUUUUGAAUUAUUUAAUGGAGAUGAUUGUGAACUGAUAUGCAAAAUCUAAAACCCAGUCCGGUUUCUGGUAUAUUCUGUCAUAUAUAGAGGUAAAUACUAAAUGUUGACAUGCACAGUGCAAUGGCUCUGUAAAUUUAGAGCCUGUUUGCUUUUGGAAUAGCCCUGGAACAGUUGCUCCCAGUGUUAUACACACAUUCAUUUGUUAAAUGAUGUGAAAUUAUGACAUUCUGGUGCAGAUAACGUCUGGAGAACAAGCAACCACCUAUAACAGAAAACUUUUCAAUGUUCUGUGUGCUUAGAUUACAAUAAUGUUUAGUGUGCUGUGAGAUCCAAUAAAAUAGUAAUUCCAA